ACAGUAAUGUUUUUCUCCUGCCGUAGGGGGGAGGAGAGGAGCGGAAAGAAGAAGUAAGUAAAUGAUUACGAACUGUCAGAGUGAGGAAGAGGAUACAGCGACGAGAGCCAUAGGAACAAGAGACGUCCCCUGAAAUGGAUUCCCCGGACAUUCAGGCCAAAUAUCAGAAACUCGCUACGGAAUACACGAAGCUUCGAGCCCAGAACCAGGUUCUCAAGAAACAUAUUAUAGAAGAACAAGGGAAGGCAACUGAGCUUACUGACUCCUUAAAAAAUCGUGAUCAGUUGUUGCGUAAAGCUCAAGGAGAAAAUGAAUCGCUUAUAUUUCGCAAUCAGCAGCUUACCAAAAGACUUACACUUUUGCAAGAGGAUCUGGAUGAGCUUCAGACUAAAAAGAAGGGAAGAGGGCGAACAGGAUCUGACAACGUAGUAGAUGGCCCAAGUGUUGACAACAAUAUUAUCUGA